GGGGCGGGGAAUCCCAUCCACGUCAUUGUGCAAUGAAAGGAAUGAAUGAAUGAAUAAAUGAACCCACUCGCGUGCUUGUCUCGUGCGAGUCGUUUUCAGAGGGCAUGGCCUUUGAGGGGAAUCCCCGGUACGUCAUUGUGCAAUGCGUAUGUUAUUGUAUUCUGCGCGGAGUAGAAUAGGUAAUUUGCCAUUGUAUUGAUGGCCCUGUGUUACAAAGGACAUAAUUCUCGAAUGUGUAGUAGUUUUCAACACGUAUUUCAUCGACAAGCAUCAAAUUGAGCCCUAAAGAUGGGGGGAAUGAGUUGCGGAUGUUGUCAUGCUGUCUGUUACUGUAUACUUUUAAUUGUCAUCGCUGCACUAAGCGUGGUAUUACAUUUCUGGCAGGAAAAUACCAACCCCAAUCAUGUAGCCUUGCCAAGUCUGUCUAAUCAGCCUGAAGUAUGGGGUGUCACCACAUCGUCCAUCUGGGUAGGAUGGUAUAGCGAUCACGAUGGCGAUGGACCGGUAUGCGGACACAAUAUAUAUCUUCAAUAUCCUGCAUCCACAUCGUGGUCGAGUGUCGGCUUCGUUCCCGCUGAUGAGACGAACGACUACCAAUUCACGAUCGAUCGACUCGAUGCUGGCACCCUCUACGGUAUAAGUGUUAGAAUUCUGCAUUGCUCUGGGAGAGAAGGAGAAAGGAAUCAAUUAUAUCAGGCAACAAAUGAUUAUGUUCUACCUAGAUUGUUCCAUCCGCCAAACGUGAAAUCCAUUGGAACGUCCUACGCAGUAGUGCGAUGGCAAGAACAACAUACCGGUGAUGGGCCCAUAUGUGCCUAUGCAAUUGAUAGGAGGAGCCUCGACGAAGAUGUCCCAUCGUGGUUGUCGGUUGGUUUUGUGUCUGAGCAACCAGGAUCCCAGUCCAGAGAAGAGCUUGUAUUUAACUUAACUGACCUGGAACCCGAGACAGACUAUCAUGUCUCAGUGAGACCUAUCCUUUGCGAUAGGGCAAGGAUCUCUGAACUUGGCAAGGGGCCGAUACUUUCUCUAACAACGCCCUCCAUUGUUCUACCAACCUUGAUGGAAGCUCCCGAAAGUACAAACCUGUCCUCUAAAAACGUGUCCAUCCGAUGGACCAAUCAACAUCAAGGAGACGGGCCAAUCUGUGGUUACGGAAUCAACAUCAAGACCAACGACGACAAAGACCGUGAAGAUGAUGAUGACCCUUGGCGCAGCGUCGGGUACGUGUCGAUGGAGAGCGAGCUACUGUACGAUGUUGGUCAUCUAGAGGAAAAUACCACGUACCAAGUUGCAGUUUCUCCGAUCAACUGCAUAUCUGCUCGUGAAGGUCCACGGGAACCAAUAUUGCAGUUCACCACCAAGACUGUGACAGUUCCUGUGGUCGUUCUACCUAGUUUGUCCCAUCCGCCUAACACGACAGCCAUUGGAACGUCCUACGCAGUAGUCCAGUGGCAGGAGCAACAUACGGGCGAUGGACCAAUAUGUGCCUAUACAAUUGACAGGAGGAGCCUUGACGAAGAUAUCACAUCGUGGUUGUCGGUUGGUUUUGUGUCUGAGCAACCAGGAUCCCAGUCCAGAGAAGAACUUAUAUUCAACAUAACUGGCCUGGAACCCGAGACAGACUAUCAUGUCUCAGUGAGACCUAUCCUUUGCGAUGGGGCAAGGAUCUCUGAACUUAGCGAGGGGCCGAUACUUUCUCUAACAACGCCCUCCAUUGUUCUACCAACCUUGAUGGAAGCUCCCGAAAGUACAAACCUGUCCUCUAAAAACGUGUCCAUCCGAUGGACCAAUCAACAUCAAGGGGACGGGCCAAUCUGUGGUUAUGGAAUCAACAUCAAGAACAACGACGACAAAGACCGUGAAGAUGAUGAUGAUGACCCUUGGCGCAGCGUCGGGUACGUGUCGGUGGAGAGCGAGCUACUGUACGAUGUUGGUCAUCUAGAGGAGAAUACCCCUUACCAAGUUGCAGUUUCUCCGAUUAAUUGCAUAUCUGCUCGUGAAGGUCCACGGGAACCAAUAUUGCAGUUCACCACCAAGACUGUGACAGUUCCUGUAGUCGAAGUACUGACCACAGAACCAUUGAUCACCGAACCACAGAAGACAGAGCCAAAACGUGUUCCAAUAUCAGGUGCAUCGAUCUGCCCAGAGCAUAAUUGUACCGUCGUAGUAGUACUGCUUAUUUUGGGGUACUAUCUCAGCAGGAGAGGGGAAUAGUAUGAAGGAGCGGUGUACAUCCACCCUGCCUACGUAUUCGUCUAACCGAUGGACUGCUUCGACACCAAGCAAUUAAUGUGUUGCUAUUGGAAAUGAUAAUGGCGAGCACCCGUACGAAUUACGAAGAAAUAGGACAAAGGGCUUUCACAGAUGGAACUGAGAUAUUUCCGACGAAUUCCAGGUGGCGCUUUAUGGCUUAUACAUGGAUUGCUACAGUCUCUAAAUUUGGCGAUUGUUAUCAUCUAAGAAAAAGACCUCGAAUAUACUACCAAAACCAUCGUCUAGUCAUUAAUAAGUUAGUCAAUUAUUAGUGAAGGGAUCAAAGAUCAUAAACGUCCAACUUGGUAGUAUAUGUUUUAUUAUACAAUUUUGGGGUAAGUAAGUCUAAGGACAAUGGUCAUAGAGAGAUCAACGUGUGAAUUCCAGCUGUUAUCGGAUAAAUGUCACAAAGGCAAAGGUCAAUCGGUAAAAAGAAGUUUAUAGUCUUGUACCCCUCCGUUCACGGACUGGGGGGGGGGGG